UAAACAUCUUUGAAAAAGAAAUCAAAAGAUAUGGGUGCAAAAUGGAACUCAAUGAUUGCAAUAGUUUUUGUGGUGGCGAUGAUAAUGGCAAUGGAAAAUAUCAGCGGAGAAACAUUGCCACAAUGCCGUGAAGAUUGCAUUCAAGGUUGUGCCACCACCGGCGCACUUCCGUACCAAUGCCUCCAGAGUUGUUACCGUGGAUGCCGCGGCUUACCACCUGCUAUAAAAGCGGGAGCGAAGGGAUAGAAGAAAUAGUCAUGAAUCAGUGUUGGACUCUUGGGACUUUUAAAUUACUUCUACUAUAUCCUUAUGGCAUCAAUUGUGUAACCCUAUUAAAUAAAUGGAUGAUUUUUUUCUU